CACCGCCGCCGCCAAACCAGAGGAGCGCUCAUACAUGGAUUUAUCUCAGCUAGAUGACGGGGCAACUGUCGCUACGCCGGAGCCUCGCCGUCCCCCCGGUGGCUGCCGGAUCCGAUGGCAACGGAUCUCAAGGGAUGAUGACACGAGCGCGACGUUGGCGGCUUUCCCUCCUCGCUGGAUCUUCUGAGCGCGAGCGAUUGGGCGCGUCAGAUGAAUCAGCGGCGAUGACGCGCCAGGUCGACUACGGUCCGCAGGAAUGGAGGGAUUGGGCCAACCUGCUUCCUCUGGACCUCGUCCAGGAGAUCUCCGGCCGGCUGCUGUCCCACGACGUGGCAGAGUACCUCCGCUUCCGCGGACUCACCGCCGACCCGCGCGCAGCCGGACUCCUGGACGGCCGCUUCCGUCCCCGCAACCAUCAUCCCUGACGCCGAUCCCCACCGCCGCCUCCUCAACCUAGUCACUGCGGCCUCUCUCGGCGUCCACCUCCCGGCGCUCUCCACCCACUGCCACGUUUGCGCCGCCGACGGCCUCCUCGUCCUCUUCCACAAGCCCACCUUGACCAUUCGCCUCCUCGACCCACUUGUUAAGGUUUUGACGACUCCACCUCCCCGCCCACGCUCAUGCUUUGCGUGAGAGCCGGUGUAACCACCAUUAUCUUCGCCCCUCGUCCGUGGCACCGAUGGAGGGAUGCUGAUGGUGCGGCACUGGAGAGGCAUGGAGCGCUUCGGCGGCGUUGAGGCAUACAAUCAAAAUGAGCUAUUCACAGUGGGUGGCAUUACCUGCCGCAUUGAGGUGUUGAAGGUGGACAUCGCCGGCAGGAGGCUGGUCACCGUGAGGAGCCUUGGCCGGUAUGCGGUGUUUCUUGGACUGACGCACUGCUUGCACAUCUCGACGGAGACAUUCCCCAACAUUUCUGCCAACACAAUAUACCUGGGCAGCUAUCAUCAGCAAAAUUUUGGGUUCAGCAUGUACCAUAUCAACAAGAAGAAGUACAAUAGGAGGACUGAACCCAAGCACAAGUUCGUCUUCGUUGUAACCCUGGGUUUAACUCCUGCUGCCAGACCCUACAACCUUGACGAGUAUCUUGUACUCUAUGUCGACCGGAGACGCAACAGUAGUAGGUCAUGUCUCAAUCACAUCAGCUCUUAUUGUCGUGAGUACUGUCGCUAGUGCAUAUGUACGUAUCUGUGUGGCUGCCUGUUUAAUUUGGCAUGUGAUGGGUCAACCUUGGCUGCAGCCAAAUAAAAACUUUUGCUCUCUACUUGGUGUAACUUUUGCAACCUAAAUGAGCUGGGCUUUGUGUUGAGAUUUCAAUUGAGAAUGAACUUGUGAUGUCCUUAAAUAUACUGCAAUGGGUAUAUACACAAAAGAACACCUGAGGGCAGUUUGUUAGAUUAAUGAUUUUUUUUCUUUUGUCAUAAACUUGCAUGUAUGGGCUAUAGUUUUUUUUAAUCUAUAUUUUGUGUUGUUAUUCUUUUAAGAUGGACCGGCAUAUAUCACUGUAAUCAGGCUAGAUGCACCAUUGCAAUGGACAGGUUCUCUCGUUCGCAAAGUAAAAAUACAAAUGGACAAGUUCUCUGUGCUUCCUUGUGUUUCCUAAUGUAGGUAUGUGUCAGUUCAUUUAUUUAUCCUCCUUGAAACUGGCAUCAGGUAUUCUUUACCUGCUCACGCACGUGUGCUUGGUAGUAUUUGGAUAUGGUAGCUUUAUUAGUUGUUGAUACAGUAAUGGUAGCUGGUACACAAUGCCGCUCUUCCAAAAAUGCAGGAAAGAUGUGACUGAGCGUACGGAUAUGCCGAAGCGGACUUAGAAUAGCAAAGUAGAGGACAUGGAUAAUCCUUUGUACAUAUGUAUAGUGAUUUACUCUGAGAAUAGCGAAGUAGAGUACAUGGAUAAUCCUUUAAACACAUGUCUAUAGUGAUUUACUUUUUCUUCAGUAUACAUGUGCACACCGAUAUGUUUCUGUUUUCUUGUUACAAAACGUUUAAAGGGUACUGGUGCAGUCUCUACUGGAGAAAUGCAAACGGGGUUCUCAACAGGAGUCUGGUUUCCUGUCUGUGUUUGCAAACUAUUGGCGGGACUGAAGUCAAGUUAACAAACUCAGCUGCAGCCAGCGACUAUCUUUUUCAGAGAAAAUAUCUUGUGAUUAUCUUGGAAGACACUGUGUAUGUAACUCUUAAGGGUGUCUGGUGCCUGCUGGGCAGCGAUGGUAUUAAGCGUGGACAUAGGUGGAAGGCCAUUUCAUCGCUUCUCAUGUUUGUCACAUGGGAGAUGUGGAACGAACGAAACGUCAGAGUUUUUCCGAAAUAAAUCGACUAUGCCUACUUUACCGAUUGACAACAUCAAAUGGAGGCAAGGAAUUGGGCCCUUGUAGGGGCGAAACAUUUGUGCUCUUUGAUGCCGCAAGAGUAGGUUUUCGUCUCUUCCAGUUGUUGAGGCAUAAUGGACCUUGUUAAACUUUGUUGGCUUUUCCUUUACUUAUUAAUAAGAUGAGGCAAAGUUUUCUGCCUCCAUUUCAAGAAAA